AUGUCUGUCCUCGGCUGCCGGGUGCCUGGGAGCUGGGUCUCACUGCCCAGCAUCCGAGGGAGGACUGACCACAGGUCGCUAGCCCGGGACAAGAUCCAAAUUCCAAAUACCAAGUAUGGUUUCUACCGAAUGUGUACCACUUCUGCACCAUCGUCAAGUCUAAAAACCAUCAAGUCGGGGACCUCUUGCCACCGGGUCGACUACGGUCCCUCGGAUUGCGCGUCUUUCCUAACUUCCAGGAGGUUGGGCAAGCGAGGUGGAGGGGAGCAGCGCGCAAGAAGAGAUCCACGCAACCAGGGCACCGGCGGGGCAGCGUGGGAAGUACAGAGAACCGGGCCACAAGAAAAAUGGGUCACCCUCGUCUAUCUGAAACCCACCCGAGCCCAAGCCUCCCUCUACAGACUCCAAACGACGCCCCGCUCACCGACGUGCCAGGCGAGGUCACCGGCUGCCAGGGCACCCUCCCGCCUCUCGGACCAAGUAGGGGAUCGCACGGUCCGAACUCACCUGGAAGGAGCCUCCGCCCCGGGGACCGCAGGUGCCCACCCGGACCGCGACCCGGAGCCCUCGCGCCGCCCGCUCUCGGGUCAGCCCGCGCGCGCGCCUCGCCGACAGUCCCAGGCCGCCCGGCCGCGCGCUCCCGCCGCCGCCCGGCGCUCGCACCUCUGCCGCGCGCUCCUCACCGCACGCUCACAGGCCGGCCGCGCUCUCGCCGUCCCGCGCUUCCACCCGCGCCGCGCCCUCGCACCCCCGCCCCUCGCUCCCUCCUCCCCCACACGCCGCGCGCUCGCUCCUGCGCGCUGCACCGCCCCGCCGCGCGCUCCCCGCCGGGGCUCAGCCCCCCAAAACACUCAGCGCGCGCCCGGGGCAUUUAAAGGGACAGGCCCCCGCGCCGGAGUUGCCCCGCGGCCGCCUCUCGAAGGGGUCCUCGGUCGCCGCGCGAGGUCUGAAUUUGGGGACCCUCCCCUCCCCCGGCGCCACCUUCGAGUUACACCCGCCGAGAAGAGCAAUAGGGUCUGCGUCUGGAGCUCCGACAGGGUCGUCGUCAGCUUUGAGAGGGCGUGUUAGUAACUCGAUAGUAACUCCCAAAUGAAGAAGAGAUAAAAAGGAAGAAGCUGAAGGAUGAUGGGAGUAGGAAGGAAGAGAAGAAAAGAAGAAGGCAAAAACCAACCAACCGAACACCACUAUCACCACCAAAAAAAAGAGGUGGGAAAUGAACAGGGAUGAAAGUUUCAAGCAGGUGGCUUUGGGGCCAUGAGCCCAGCCCCUGGCCAGCACACACCCCAGAGCUUUGUGGGAAUUACAAACAGGUGGACCUUCCUCGAGCUGGUGCAGACCUUCCCAGGGCUGCCACGUGACUACCUGAGCACAGACCGGCUUCCAGUCCCCGGUGCACCCUUGUCUAGGCACCUCUGUGCCCACGGAAUGACACAAACGGCCUAAACAACACAAUGAGAGGUAAGAAGACAAGAAAUAGCUUAGAGGGGUAAUUUAAAAAGAGUUAUUCAUGAAAGUACUUAGAUGACGUCAAGGGAGAAAAAGGAACAAAGAAACAUCUGGGCUUGGAAUGUUCUGCCUGGUGGCGUGGCUGUUUCUGUGCACCCCACGGAUCUCAUCUCUCUGUAGCCAGGGCCGUGCAUUCGUUCCCCCGUGGCACCUGGCACAUGGAAUUAACUCGCCAUUUCUAAAAUGAAACUGACUUGCAGUACACGGAAACCAGACGGAGGGGGUAAGGAAGAGA